AUGUCGCCAGCCUCCACCGACUUCAUCCGUCGUUUACCGAAAAUCAUCGCACGCUGUUCCCUUCUAAAAGCACUUCCGACCACCACCUGUGCCAUCUGCACGGACGAUUUCAUCUGCCAAGAUAAGCUUGUCCGGCUACCAAACUGCCACCACCUCUUCCACCGUAAGUGUAUCCUCCCAUGGUUCUCAAUAAACAACACCUGCCCCCUCUGCCGCCAUGUCUUCCCGGUGCAACAGCCGAAUCGUUAUUAUAUGCAAUUAAGAACCCGGCAGCAGUCAAGCGACAAUCAUGUCUUCUAUCUGAAUUUUCAUCUCCGCCCACUGCCGCCUUCGAACUCCGACUACUCUCAGUCGCCGACGGGCCUAUUGGGGGAUAUGCUUGUUGCAGAAGGUUAUCCGGAGCUGGCUACCCGAGCCUGCGGACCGUUUUGGGUUUCUGUCGAUAGGAUUCAAUCAUCUGCCGCCGGCCAGUGA